AUGACCUUCUGCGUAGUGAAACAAGUCCUUGUAUGUAUCUUCCUAAUGGGGCGUCUAGUAGCUCUGGGAGCCGCUGGCCAAGUCUUCGCGCAAACCAGUGGAUGGCGGGAACCAUCUAUCACAGUGUCUUACAACAAUCGCACCAACCUUGCGCAAAGCGCGCUGGUUGUUUUGAGCCGUCAGAUUGACUUCGAUAAUGGAACGGAUAAUUCCCUCGAUUCCCAAAGCGCCGAAUCGGCCACACUGCUGGCAACGAUGGCGCUGUACGACAUGCGCACCAGAACUCGAACCUUCCAGUCAAAUGUGACAGCAGCACUUCAGGGAUUUGCGGCAAAGGUCAACUGGACGAGCACAGCGGUAUGUGUGAUGUACUACAUGAUUGUAUUGUGGGCUGACCAUUCUUAUGCGCAGUUGAUCAAUAGCGAUCGCCUACGCUGGGGGAUGACCUUUUUUGCCGCCUAUCAAGCCUAUUCGGACAGUCAGCAGCAGCAGUUCUUCCUGAGCUCGGCCAAGUCAUCUUGGGAUGCUGCCGCUUCCGGUUUUGUCACCCAGACAGCCGCCGCAAGCGGAUCUCUUCCCGGCCUACCAGUCUUUGAAUCGACGUGUACGCCUCUAUCAGGCGGCUCGCCUGCUACUGUUGCUGGCGCUGUAUUCUGGGUAGGCCAGCCUAUCAUCAACGGAGAGACCAUCGGCCCUUGGAUAGCUCUCUCUUCAUCCUUAUACACGGCCACUUUGAACACUACAUAUCGUGAUGCAGCGGCGCUCUCGAUCCAAUUCGUCCGGAACUUUCUCUCUAAUGGUACUAUGAUUCUCGACACGUACGAGAUUCAAAGUUGCACCGUGAUGGGGCCAGGCACUUUCACGUAUAAUGGCGGCUACUUUCUACAAGGCGCAAGCAUAUACUAUAGCAACGUGUCCUCUCCGGAUGCAAAAGAUCUCGCAUACUUGAACGAGCUGACAACUUCUUUGAUCCUAUUUCCUGGCUGGACCGGAGCCGACGGCGUGAACUUUGAAGACCAGAUAACAAAUACUACGGCCGAUCUUAGCCAGGAACAACUUUCGGCGGACUGGAAAGCCAUCUUGAUGACCGGAUUGUACAAUUGUCUAUCGGCUGGACUUCUCAACGAUACCACGAUGGCUCUGGCACAGGAGUACAUAUCCGUACAGUUCAACGCUGUCCGUGAACUUGCCAACUAUUCCACCCCAGGGAUUGACGAGCAAGUAUACGGUCCGAGCUGGGUGGCACCUGCGAUCCAUUUACAACAGUAUCUUGCCUUUGGGCAACUUGCCGCUGCCGAACUCUUUACUACGGCGUUGGGCAUUGGCCCGGGGCCCGAUAGCGACCAAACUAGCUCUCCUACCGCCGCUGUAACGACAACGCCAUCUUCGCAGAUAUCUGCCAAGCAGGUCAACGUGGGAGCGAUCGUGGGCGGUGUGGUGGGCGGUGUGGGUAUUCUCAUUGGCAUCUUCGUAGGCGCUCUAUGCUGGCGUCGCAAGACGCGCCGCGUGGUCGGGCCAUUGCUGGAAGUCGAGUCGCCGGAGCCAGAGCCGUACACCGUCACAGCAGAGCAGUAUCCCCUUGCAAGGCAUUUAUCAGUCCUCGCGCCUGCCGCUACUUCUCCGGGGCGUCUCACGAAAAUGCAAAGCGCGCGAUACAUGCCGGCCAUGUCGGAAGUGAGCACCGCUCAUGAGACCCUUUCGCCUUCGGGCGAAAGUUCGAGUGGAUCGGGAGGUCCUACGGAUGGUCAGUCAAGACCGACGGCUGAGGGAAUGGUUGCCGUAGAUGCACAAGCUCUUCAGCGACUACUGCUCGGGAUAGGCGGAGCACUUUCUGAUCUCCAACGUCGCGACGGUCAUCGGCCGUCUCUGAACGCAUUGCCACCGGACUACGAAGAGUCAUCGGGAGUAAGGGCAUGA